UAUCAGGACAGUACGCGUGCCUGAAGACGCAGGGACGAGCCUACCAGAGUAUGGACGCGUGCACGCGCACAGCUGUCAUGACGGGAAGAUGUGCGACACCGUGAUCGCGGAGGGACCCGGUAAAAUCAGAGACGGCAAAAAAUGGAAAAGUCGCUGGCUCGUGCUCCGCAAACCCUCACCGGUAGCAGAUUGUUUGGUGCUGUAUGUGUAUAAGCAGCGUGGAGUGAAGGAGCGGGGCAGCGUGACGUUGGAGCAGAUCUGCGGUCUGGAGGCGCGCGUCUGCGGUGAUGAUGCUGUUACCUUCAUCCUCUCAAUCAUCUGUCUCACUCAUACCGCAGUGCUCGGUUUUGACAGUAGGGAGGCGCUACAGAGCUGGGAUCUGCGACUGCGCUAUUGCCUCGGGGAAGUCCACAGUUUCAACGUUUUUGUGCUGCCCGGCACUAAACUGGAAAGCGGCCCUGCGACUCUUCAUUUAUGCAACAAUCUCCUGGUGAUCGCUAAAGAUCUGCCGGCCGUGAUCACCGGCCACUGGAAUCUACUAGAUCUGCGGCGAUACGGCCCGGUGAGCAACGGCUUUGUGUUUGAGGGAGGAACGCGCUGUGGUGUCUGGGCUGGCGUCUUCUUUCUGGCGUCUUCUGAUGGCGAGCAGAUCAGUUUUCUGUGUGAUUGCAUUGUUCGUGGGAUUUCUCCAUCCAGAGGUCCGUUCGGACUGAAGCCACUGCUCCCAGAGUGUGGUACCAGUGCAGUUUCAUUACAGGACAGAUUGAAUCAUGAAGCAGAAGAGCUUGAGAGGAGGAUCAGUCUUCUGUCUUAUUCCUCAGCUUCCAGUUCCAGUGUUGGAUCUUCGGUGACAGGAGACACUUGUAGCAUAUCUGGUUCAUCCGACACUUCAGAGUGUAGCAUCAGCAGUCGGCCUGUCGAGUCUGUCCCGCUCAGCUCAUCUGAAACAUCUCACCCAAUCACACCAAGAACAGCAUCUCAGGGCGAGGAGGCACCAUCGGACAGCUUGAGGGUCCCAGAGGAUCUGAUUCGCUCUCGAAAGCUGAAAGAGAUCGGAAGACAGAACUCAUCCGAUAGCGGCAUAGCAACGGGAAGUUUCUCUUCCUACAGUGGCAGUUUGGAUGCAUGUGUCGCUGGGGAUGAUCAUAACACACUGCUUAAUCUACCACCACCCGCUAACCCAGAACAACACUUGUGCACCUGCCCACCCAGCCCUGCUCAUGAGUACCAGGUGCCCUCAUCUCUGCGAUACCUGUACGACACGCCCCGCAAGCUGCUGGAGAUCACCAGGACCGCCGAGUGCUCCGGAGACAAGAGGAGAUCUGCAGAUGAUACUGGAUGUCCGGAGAGUGGACAGACUGAGCUGUCAGUCAGGACGCAGUCUCAAGUCUGUUCUGAAUUUUUUAGCCAAUCAGAUUCAGACUCAGCCCUGAUGCACACAGGGGAGGGGCUAAAGAAAGGGGAGGGGCCUCCGGGUAUGAACUUUGGUGAGACUGCAGACUGUUCACAUCCUGCUGUCAGUCGUAAAUCACUCUUCAUCACCUGCUCUGUCUGUGGAGGACUUAAGACAACACAUCUGCCUGAAAUGACUCCACUUUCCAUUGUGUCGGGUAAACAAUCAGCCCCGCCCACCAGUGAUGUCAUCGCACACCCCACCCAUCAGGAGUCAGAGGCUAUCAGAAAACCUUGCAUAUCAUCGACUUUUCACAACCAAUGGAAGCUGACAUCUGAGCGUUCACAGACCAAUGGUUAUGUUUCCGGUCUGUCUGAUCUCCUGACACACUACAGUCCUGCUGAGCAACACAGAAGUGUUUAUGAGUCGAUGUCAUCGUCUGUGGUAGGCUUGGAGUCAAGGCGUCCUGCUCACAGCACACAUGCUCUUCUCUAUGAGAACUGUCUUCACUGCAGGAGGGGAGAGAACCGAUGCCAUCUUCCCAAAAUAAACCCUACACCCAAAGAUCAAGAGAGUGAAGAACUAAAGAGAAACCAGUCAAACAUCUCAGAGUCUCUCUGUUUCUCAGAUGAGAAGCUCAGUGUCUCUCUGCAACAAACCAAUGAAGAAGAUAAGAGGACAGAGAAAGGAACAGACGAUCCUGAAGCUAUGCAAAGUCAAAUGACGGAGAGAAGCUCAGAGUCAAUUGGAGGUUGUAGUGGAUCAAAGCUCAACUCUCAUCACCUAAUUGAAGGUGGAUUGUUUGCAUUUCCUUUGGAUGGUUUGGUGAGAGGAGACUCAGUAAUGUAUGUGAAUAUUCCCAUCAGCCCAGUGUCCAAAAAACAGCUGAAUUACAUGGAGGUGGAGCAUCAGGAGCCUUGUACACCUAUCAGAGGGAGAAGCUCCAGUAAAUACGCUCAGAUUGACAUAACAGCGACAGAGGCAGCGCACAGAGCCGGUACCCAGCAUGCACUGGGGCGAGAGGAGGGACUACAGAGGAGAAGAGGAGGAGCACCGCAGUGAUGUCAUCAGAU